CGAGCACUUCAAAGUCCCGCAGACAGACGCCGACUUGACACUUGUGCGCUUUCUCUUUACUUUGGGAUUUAUCGCCAAGAUUCAACGUCUGGCUUGUAACUUGCUAUCUUCGCAACUUUUAAAAUCAUUGUAGUAGACGUUGCUUUCAUCUGGGUCCGCCGAACCUGAGGAUGUAUUUAUGAUUUCCCCUGCUAUUGGCGUUUGGACGAUUGACGGCAUGGAUGCACUCGCAGUCCUGCAGAGAGAGCGCUCAUCCGCAGCAGGAAGCUAGCCAUGCCUCUCUAGGCCUCCACCCCCCAACACCACCUCCACCUGCUCUCAUCCGGCAGCUUGAGGACGCUGAAAGUUUGAUGGGGGAGCGACGAGCGAGGUCCUUCCACAUGACCUGCCACCUGCAGCGGGACUACGGCAGCAGCUUGGCGGGGCCCUUCGCACCAUGCGGCCCCAACGGCUACACCAGCACCAGCCUCAGCCUGGACCGGGAGGCGGACGCUGACCUUUCUCCGGCCGGCGCCGCUCCCAUCGGAGGCCGUUAUUCUCCCGUCCCAAUGGAGCCGGACCCCGCGGCGGGGAAUAAUGGACCGGGCGUCCCCGCGGCCAACGACCCGGCGCUGCAGAUUGUGCCCGGUCAGCCGUCCGUCGCCCAGGCGCCGCCGCCUCUGCCGCCUUCCAGCUGGCUGCGUCACCACCAGAAGGAUUUCCAGCGGCCGUACGUGAAGACGAGCAUGCAGGGGGACGUCUACAACUUCCUGGAGAGACCGGCUGGACUCAAGUGCUUUCUCUACCACUUCCUUGUGUUCCUGAUGGUGCUGGUGUGUCUCAUCUUCAGUGUCCUGUCCACCAUCGAGCAGUAUGCAGAGUUUGCCACCGGUUCACUUUUGUGGAUGGAAAUAGUGCUGGUGCUGUUCUUUGGAACGGAGUACGUGGUGAGGCUGUGGUCCGCAGGCUGCCGCAGCAAAUACGCCGGCAUCAAAGGACGGCUGCGCUUCAUCAGGAAGCCCAUAUCAAUCAUAGACUUGAUUGUGGUCAUCGCCUCCAUCAUCGUGCUGGCUGUGGGCUCCAAUGGCCAAGUCUUUGCCACCUCUGCUAUCAGAGGCAUUCGCUUCCUGCAAAUCCUGCGCAUGCUCCACGUGGACCGGCAGGGGGGAACAUGGCGGCUGCUGGGAUCUGUAGUCUUCAUCCAUCGACAGGAGCUGAUCACAACUUUGUACAUCGGCUUCUUGGGCCUCAUCUUCUCAUCCUACUUUGUCUACUUGGCCGAGAAGGACGCCGUUGACGAGGAGGGCAAGACGGGCUUCUCCAGCUACGCUGAUGCCCUGUGGUGGGGCGUGGUGACGGUGACCACCAUCGGCUACGGAGACAAGAUCCCUCAGACGUGGGUCGGCAAGGCCAUCGCCUCCUGCUUCAGCGUCUUCGCCAUCUCCUUCUUUGCUCUGCCGGCUGGUAUCCUGGGUUCAGGCUUUGCUCUGAAGGUCCAACAGAAGCAGAGACAGAAACACUUCAAUAGACAAAUCCCUGCUGCGGCUUGUCUCAUCCAGACACUGUGGCGGUGCUACGCGGCAGAGAAACCCAACGGCUGUUUGGCGACGUGGAAAAUGUACGUGCUAACCCCCGAGGCCGUCGCUGCCGCGGAAGCGGACAACUCCAGUCCAACCAUCAGGAAGCUCAACAUCUCGAAAAAGUGCACCAGAAGGAGGCUGAAGUCGUUUCGAGGUCACGAGUCCCUGGGCGUGUCCUCUGAGAGGGCCGUGUCCAUCCCUCAGAUCACCUACGACCACAUCGACGACUCUGUGGACAAGAAAGACGUGUCUUUCUUCAUGGAGGAGCCCGCUGGCACCGUGCAAGAAAUGACCAGGAUGUUCAAACAAACAGGCUCCUGUCAUCAUUCUUGGUCUUCUUUCACGCUCAGCAGCCCUUCCUCUCCAGUGAAGAGAAACCACGACGACCAAAUGGACUUCACCCGCGCCAGCAGCCUCAAUGACGAGCUGGACUGCGUGACGGAGGACAUUCCACUCUCUGUGAUGACGGACAACGCGCAUCUUCUGAGCUGUCCCUUCGUGGCCUCGGUCCAGGACUCUUUCUCCACACACCACUUGAACUCCACAAGGUUGUCUCAUGCCCAGAGGUCAGCGGUGAAAGUUCUACGCAGGAUGCAGUACUUUGUGGCCCGCAAGAAGUUUCAGCAAGCACGUAAGCCCUACGACGUUCGGGACGUGAUCGAGCAAUACUCCCAAGGUCAUCUCAACAUGAUGGUGCGCAUCAAGGAGCUGCAGAGAAGGCUGGACGGCACACUGGGCAAACCGGGCAUGUUCCUGCCAGGUAAAGGGGAAGAUAAGGAAUUCCCGACCAUCGGAGCGCGACUGAUCCGUCUUGAAGAAAAGGUCUAUCACAUGGACCAGAAGAUGGACUCGGUUCUGCGGAUCCUCACGGAGCAUUUCCUGCCCAAACCGGAGCUGACGUCCAGGCCCUCCAUCCGCAGGGUGACCAUCCAGAAGCGCAUGGGCGUCAGCAUCGACGAAGGCCUCUGAGACCACGCCCACAAGGCGGCGUCACGUCUGCUCCACGCUCCCAACACACUUGAACACCCACGAGCAGGAAAUACUUUCCACAUUCUUUUCUGUCACGGGCAACAUGGAGUCACUCCAACUUCCUGGCUGGUUUAUUUGGGCGCUCUGCCCCCUCAUCCCUCACGUCUUCUCCUCCUGAUAUUCUUCCACAGCUAAGGAGCAAGCCGUGAAAGCGCUGGCGUUCUCCCAAAGAGUCCAAACGCAGGAGGACGUGCGGCGUUUAUGUUGGCAUGGAGGUUGAGAAUGUGCUUGUUGGAGGUGACGGAACAAGGGAGGGCUGGGCAGUGCAUUGUGGGGGACGCCAACGUGUCCGCUUGGGGAGUGUCGCUUAAAGUGCGGCUCAUUAAAAUGGAUGCUCUUCUCUUUUCCGAUCUUUAGAGAAUCUUUUAGUGUUAGGUCAAACAAAAAUGUUGACUCUGUCCUAGAUCCUCAAAAACUGUUUGAUGAGGGAAUAACGAAUGCAAUGACCAGGAGUACGCUCCAAAAGUGUACAUAUACACUAUAUUGCCAAAAGUAUUUGGCCACCUGCCUUCACUCACAUAUGAAGUUGAAGUGCCAUCCCAUGGGAUUGUCCAAAAUGUUUUAAUAUCCUGGAGCAUUCAAAGUUCCCUUCACUGGAACUAAGGGGCCAAGCCCAACUCCUGGAAAAACAACCCCACACCAUAUUUCCUCCUCUCGGCACAAUGCAGUCCGAAAUGUAGCGUUCUCCUGGCAACCUCCAAACCCAGACUGGUCCAUCAGAUUGCCAGAUGGAAAAGUGUGAUUCAUCAGUCCAGAGAAGGCGUGUCCACUGCUCUAGAGUCCAGUGGUGAUGUCCUUUACACCACUGCAUCCCACGCUUUGCAUUGGACUUGGUGAUGAAUCAGAAUCGGAAAUACUUAAUUAAUCCUCGAGGGGGAAUUAAAAUGUUCAGCACAAUCCCAUUCAAGAUCAGACAAACAUUACAGGGAGACAGAACAGGAUCAAACAUUACAGAGAGACAGAACAGGAUCGCUGACAGGUCUCCCAACUUCCGGCGGCCCUUACAAAAAAGGUGAAAAACAGGUAAACAAUGGGGGGGCAGUGAGAAAAAAAAUGGGUCUAAGCCCGGGCCCCUGGAGAGGGGGUCCAGACUGAGGCCAAGGGGAAAAAACAACUCAUAGUCAUAGCACACAUCCCUCUUACAUGUGUGUAAGAGGGAAACAUCAAAGGACAUUAAAAGAGCAGAGCUGAUGCAAGCAGACACUUCUACAUACAGCUAGGAAUAAAAAAGUAAAAUAAACAUAUACACUGUGGUGGCCUCUGAGGUGUUCCACGCCAUCGUCUGCUGGAGUGGGGGGAGAAUGGCCAGAGACAGGAGCAGACCCAACAAAGCAACUAAGAGAGCCGACUCCACCCUCGGCCGCCCACUAACUCUCGGCCAGUGUCCAGUCCGCAUGGAUGAGCGAGGAUGCGU